GAUCGCUACCAUCCUGGAGGGAGCCGGGUCGAAUAAGCUAUUGGGGUUCCCAAAUAAUAACGGGACAAACAGACAGACAAAAAAAAGACACACAGACGGAUGGACGGAGAUAGGCAAGUGUUCCGAUAAAAAAAAAGAGAGAAACAAAAACGCGACACCAUGAACGGAUUCUAGCUGUCUUCUAUCCGCUGUUUUUUUUAGUGUGGUUUAGUGAGUUUAUUAUUAUAAUUAUUAUUAUUUAUCCCCGGUAUUUAUUUAUUUAUUUGUUUAUUUAUCUAUCGAUUGAUUGCGUUUUAAUUACUGCCUUGUGACAGAGCGAGGGAGGAGGAGCGUUAGGGCCAAGCGCGCGCGUUGUGUUUUCUGUUUGUGUCCGUGCAGCCUUUCUCUCUCUCUCAUCCUCCCCAACCCCACCACCUCCACUUGUUUAUUUAUUGCCGACUGAAAAGCUUUAAUGAAGCUGUUUUAAAUGUGCUCGCGACACGAUCCGCUGCUUUGCGCGAGUGAAUGAAUGUAGCCUCCUCAUGCAAAGAGAAAAGAAGGAGCGCGUGCAGCUAGAGACCAAAUAUAUACAAUAGAUAAAAACCAAAUACUACAGUAAUCCAAAUAAGACUUUAUAACUCUUGCUUGCCUUUUAUACAGUCUUUUUCGCUGCUGUGUGUCCUAUUUAUGGUGUUUUUAAAGCUGCAAAGCGAAUACCAAAGCUUAGCCCGGCCGGGGAUGCCACAGGAUUAUAAGGCUAUAGCGACUGUUCUCAUGCCUUUUUCACACCUACAGGACACAUAACUGGUGAGAAGUGAGAGGUAGAAUAAGCUCCGGGCCCUCUAUGUUUACUCAAGGAAAAAGCUCUAGCAGUGCAAAGGUAACAGAGACGCAGGUGGAUCACCAACAACAGACAGGUGACACGCAGCCUUUUUUUUUUAUUAUAAAGCUAUAAUAGGCCUGUAGUUGUAACAAAACUUUUCAUGUAACCGUAGAAGUGACUUCUGAUCUCCUCUCCAUCCGUCUGUGUGUUAGUCUGGACUAAAUAGCUAACUGCUCUAGUCAAGGGAUCAUCCUACAUAUAUGUUCUAUGCACAUUUAGGCUACACCAAAACUAAUGCCGACCACCAGUCGACAUACACACGUGUAAAUAAAAGCGCGCAGCUGGGGAUACAUGUGUACACACCUAACUGCGAAUGUUGUGAGCUCUUCAAACCAAAAUAUUCUCCCAAAGCUGUCUGACAGAGAAGUGGACGAAGAUUCAGAAGCCUCAGAGGAGGAAAGAGCUUGUUACGGCGCUUCUGUCAGAUUAUUUGCAUCAAAACAAGAAGCAGGAGGAAGAUCAUGUUUGUUCCCUUGCCAGUGCCGUUCGUGUUUCAGAGAACUGCCCCUGACCUCAACGCCUGGCGUCUCAAGUCCCCUCUGGCUCUCCGCUCCAACUCUGAUAUCAGGAUGUCAAAGCCAGUAGAGGCUGAGAAAGUUGGGUCUGACUCACCGUUGGAGGGCACUGAUUCAGAGCGGAAUGGACCUGAAUCAAAUCACCAGGUAUAUGCUCAGUCAAUGAAGGUCAGCCCCUUUCCCCAGUCACCAAACCUGAGCAGCAGCAAGAAUAAGAUGGAUGAGUGCCCUGAAAUGUCUCCAGGCCUUCCUCCCUCCCAUGGCCCGACCCCUUCCCAGACAGCCCUGCAACAUACACAGCUCAUGCUAACCGGCUCCCAGCUAGCAGGGUUAACAGCUCUAUUGCCAGCACAGCAGCAACUGCUGCUACAGCAGGCUCAGGCGCAACUCCUUGCUGCUGCUGUGCAGCAGUCCAAUGCAGCCCAUGCAGCUCAUGCAGCCCACGCAGCCGCCCAAGCCAAUCAGCAAGCUCAGGCAGCUGCAGCCGUAAAUCAGCAAGCCCAGCAGCAUCAGCAGCAGCAAGCGGGGCAAACAGGGCAGCAGGCUCACUCACAGUCCCAGGGGCAGAGCACACAGGAACAGAGCACCCAAAGUGUCCCUGUCCCACCUCCUCCACCCCAGCUCACCCUCUCCCAGCCAAUCCAGCUCACUGCCCAGGACAUUCAGCAGCUGCUGCAGCUUCAGCAGUUGGUGUUGGUGCCUGGCCACCCACUUCAAUCUCCGGCCCAGUUUCUUCUCCCACAGGCACAGCAGAGCCAGCAAGGACUCCUAUCAACACCAAAUCUGAUUCCGCUACCUCAGCAAAACCAAGGGAGCCUCCUCUCUGCUCCAACUAGAAUGGGACUUCAGGCGCAACGAGAUAAGAGCAUGGAUAUAAUUGGCAGUGGAGGCGUAACCACAGUUCCCUCUGUGACCUCUCACCCCGAGGAGCCCAGUGACCUGGAGGAGCUGGAACAGUUUGCACGCACUUUUAAACAGCGACGUAUCAAACUGGGCUUCACACAGGGAGAUGUCGGCUUGGCCAUGGGGAAGCUGUACGGCAACGAUUUCAGUCAGACCACAAUAUCCCGCUUUGAAGCUCUAAACCUGAGCUUUAAGAACAUGUGCAAGCUGAAGCCACUGCUGGAGAAGUGGCUCAAUGAUGCAGAGACCAUGUCCAUAGACAGCACCCUGCCCAGCCCCAGCUCCCUAUCCUCACCUUCUCUGGGCUUUGACGGGGUACCUGGUCGCCGCAGAAAGAAGAGAACCAGCAUCGAGACGAAUGUACGUGUGGCCCUGGAGCGCUCAUUUAUGACGAACCAGAAGCCUACCUCAGAAGAAAUCCUGCUGAUCGCAGAGCAGCUCAACAUGGAGAAGGAGGUGAUCCGGGUCUGGUUCUGCAACCGCCGGCAGAAAGAAAAGCGUAUCAAUCCCUCCAGUGCCACCCCUCCCCUGUCCAGCCAGCCCCCCACUGCCCCACAGACGCACAAACCACCUUGCUACAGCCCCCAUAUGAUGUCUAGCCAGCUGUCGCAGGCUGUGACCAGUCUCAGCAGCACAACGGUGACCACCAUGUCCCCUGUCUGCCCCCUGACUUCCAGCCUCACCUCUACCCACCCUUCUCUUAGCUCAGCCCACACUCCUCUCAGCUCCACACCCUCCCCAGCGACUCCUCCACCUCCUCCCCGCAGCACAGCGAGCCCUGCAACUCCCAGCCACAGCACACUCAACCUCAACACAGGCUUAUGGCGUAUGGGUAAAAAGAACGGUGAAAUGUCUAACUACAUCACCGAUUUUGCUGCAAACUUGAGGAACACUGUGAUGGGAGUUAACACAGGGAUGAACCAAGCCCUCCUCGGUAACAAUCCCCUGGCUACCAUCCAAGCCCUAGUAGCCAGUGGUGGCCAGCUGCCUCUUUCCACUCUUGAGGGCAGCAGUAAGGUGAUGCUGGGGGCUUCUGGGGGCCAAGGAGGAGGCCUUCCCUCUUCCCUCUUCCUCAACCACCCCACCCUCCUCCACAUGGGUCAGAAUCCCAGCGCUGGGUUGAUCAACGCUGCUGUAGCCAAAGUCUCCCAGUCCUCAACCUUCCCCUCAGCCAGCAGCAUCAGCCCCACACCCUGCUCCCCUUCGCCCUGCUCCAGCCCCGCCUCUCCCUGCUCCUCCAGAGAGAUGGCACACAGCCCACCCUCCCUGAGCGGGGCCAAGCUUGAGUGACCACACCAAAGGGCCAAUCGGAGAGGAGGAGGAAGGAGGAAACGAGAACCUCGCCUUUCACACCAAAGCUAUAUCUUUCUCUCUCGUGCUCUUCUUCCGUUAUUUCAUUUUUGCAAUGGCUCACUCCCUCUUUCUCUCCCAGUCUUUCGAUGCCAAAAAUACACAGAAUGAAAGAGGAGAGAAGGAGGGAAAGAGGUGAAAGAGGGGAGAAGGGGGUAAAGGGAAAGAUUAAAACCAAAAAUCUUUAUCUAUCCAAAAAGAUGAAAAGGAGACAGCGUGGGACCUUUUUAUCUACAAUGUGUGUUAUCGGCAUGGCACCUCUCCACUCUUUCUGUCUAAAGGAAAAUAAACCAAUGACUCUAAUGAAGAGAUGGCGGAGAUGCAUGUCGAAGUGCAUAAACCAAAAAUGACAAAAGAUAACUUUACUUUAUGACAAAAGGAAUGGCGGCAAGGACAAAACGAUGAAGAGGACUGUGCUUUAGCAUCUUUUUUUAAAAUAUUAUUGUUUUGAACGCUGCGGGUCUGAAGGAAGAAGAAUGAGGAGAAUACGAUUAAACCAAAAAUUUACCUGAGGAGGAGGCGGAGGAUGAAUACACAAUGAUUUUAAAAAAAUGACAACCAUACCAAAAUCACAAAUACCAAAAACCAAAAAAUACGGAGAGAAAAGCUUUAUUCAAAGGACGUGUAAAUACUGAAGCUAUCCAGGACCAGUUCUGUACUGCUACUGCUUCAUACAAACACACACACACACACACACACACACACACACACGCAAACAUACAUGAAGAGCCAACCCAUCCUGUCAUUGACUCAUCCCGGCUUUGUCGGCUCGUGUGUCUCUCAUGGGUUUUCACCCAAGUUAAUUUGGAUGGUUUUGUAAAAUAUUUGAACUUUUUGUAUCAUGAGCUUAUCUAUGAAUGUCUGCUAGAACUCCUGUCUCUUUACCUACCUCUGGUUAUAAGAGCAUAGAUUAGCAUUCAUUUCCAAACAUGCUUGUUAUUUUUUUUUUUUUUUACAGAAGUCUAGCUUAAUGUUUUGUUUUUUUUUUUCUUUUUUUAAUUAUUUAUUAGUGUCAUUAUACAACUCGGUUCCUAUUUAUUGCUGUGCUCUACUGUAGCUUUAGCUUUGGAGUUUUUUUUUUAUUACGAUCAUUGUCAUCAUCUUUGUCUUCAUCAUGCAUAUUUGUGUCAUCAUCAUCGUGCAUUUUUGUUUGUAAUGUGACUCGUCUGCAGAAACGCAGAUGAUGAAGGUGAAGAUGCGCAUCUCAGUCCUCACCAAGUGCCAAUAGAUCACAAAUAGAGUUGGCACACUGUGCAUUGAUUUCAAGGUGUGAAUGACUUCAUUAAGACCUAGACAUCUGACAUUUUGUGCGCGUAAUCAGACCGCUCUGCCCUCACUCUGAAAGAUAACCCAUUAUUAGAGACUCCAUGGCUAAAUUAACAUGCCCUGGAAACUUCACACACUGAAAAUGAUGUUUGUUAAGAGUGGUGACAAUUUGAAAGUAUGAAAUAGGGCUGUGAUUGGAGAUUUGACGAAGCAACAGUUGAGAUUGAAGGCUAAAUAAGUCAAUAAAGCCAAGUUUAGUCACAGAUGCCUCUCAUUCCUGCCUCGUCAAUCAACCUGUAUGUCUAGACAUGUUUACUAACAUUUGUCUGUUUCCAUCAUCACUCCAUCAGCCACAUUUCACUGUCAUUUUCCACCUCACACUGCCAUUAAAUCUCAAAUGGAUACCAAAGCAUUUGCAAGGCUGGGCUCAUCUUCAAGAGCUUCAGCCAAGACAUGAAUACAAUAAAGACACAUUGGUGGCAGCGGGUGGGGGCUGAGAACAGGAUGCUACCCCUGCAAGGCCCCUUUGUGGAGUCCCCUCCACUUGGCAUGUCCACAAACCCAUGGGGGAAGCUUUAUUAAGGGGACUGAUCCUUUACUCUGAACCCCCACAAAGUAGGGUAUGCUGGGACAUGUUGUAGUGAGGGGAACAGGCAUCACACUUUUUUUGUAAGAGGAUACCAAAAAUAAACCCUAACCAAAAAAAACAAAAACAAAAACAAAAAAAAAAAACACAAUCCAAGGAAUGACAGAAGCAAACCAAAAGAAAAAAAACAAAACAAAACCAAAUAUGGCUAGAGGGAGCAGGGGAGGAGGACAGAUGCAGGUGCUGAACGAGGUGAAGCCGUCGAAUCUGCCUGUCUGUCUCGUUAGCUUUAGGGCUGCAGCUCCGGCCCGCUCUGAAACUGUGUAGCAUGGAUGGAGGGAUCAAUAGACUGGCAGAUAGACUGAAGAGCAGAAAAAAGACAGACUUUUCCUCCCCUCCUCUGCCUCCCUCUCUCCAGCUCAGCUCUCUGGUCCUGGAUGGAGCUAAACGCAAAUGACCUCACUGAACUGAAAUCUUCUAAAAAAAAAAAAAAAAAAGAAAAAAAGAAAAAAAUCUGUUUUUAUUUUUCCGUUGGUUGGUUUUGAUUGUUUUAUCUCUGCUGUGUCUCUUGAUGCUGUUUUAUGUACUGUACUUUAGUGCUUAUUACUUAUUUGGAAUAAUGUACUCGCUUACUUAAUACAAGAGCUCCUUAUUUUUUUUGUAGUCGUGCUAGAGAUUUUUAUCAGGUGGUUGGAAAAAAAUACUGUGAAAAUUUAGCUUCCAGAUUUUUAUUAGAUAAAGAAACAGACUGUCUUGGCAGAAAAAAAGAACACAAAAAGCCAAAAACAAAGGAAUGAAUAGCAAACCUUGAGGUAGUUUAAACCAAAUACAAAAUCAAACCAAAGCAGCAGAGAAACAGAUCUGCUCUUUGUGCAUGAGGGCAGAGAAAUGGGUCAAUUUAUCUGAGAGGUGACUGUGCCGUUUCUGUAUGAAGGUGUUAGUUUAAGGCUAAAAAAGAACACUGAUGUCUUAUUUCAACCUCAGACAGCAGUGUUGACUCCAUUUAAAGACAGGAAGUAAUACGCACAGCCAAGGCCUCAGUUUAUUUGACAGGUUGGGAGUUGGACGUUAACGUAUCCAAAGAAUAUUUGGUUUGAUCCACACCAGACAAACAGUCGACACACGAGAAUCAUUUCACGAACCAAGCUUUAGAUGUGGGGUUUGCACCUUAAAGGUGAAACCUUUCCUCCACAUUGACUCUUAGACGGAAUGUAUCUGUUAGUGCUUCUAUAGAUUUUGUAGAAAAAGAUCUAUGUUCUACUGCUUACUUAUCGCUAAUGUAUUGAAAAGAAAAAAAAACGUACAAAAAAGAUUUUGAGAAAAAAAGAUCCUUAAAACAUUGAUGAUAAUAACUUGAUUUUAGACCAAAAAUUUUAACUAUCUCUCUUUGGGCUUUUUUAUUUUUCCUUAUCAAUCAUGAUUUAGACUUUUGAUUGUACUAUUUAUUCAGGGUAGGUUUUUUUUUGUUGUUGUUUUGUUUUUUGGGGGGGCUUUUUAUCCUUUUUUGUCUUGCUAUUUAUUUGUUGAUUUAUUUCUAGAGGUGCUUUUUUAUAUAUUUGGAUGUAUUUGUGAUGGAUUUUUUUCCCCCUGCUGAGGUUCUUUUGUACAUCUUUCAACCAAAUAAUACUAGAAAUGCAACCACAUGUCCUAUUAAGGGAAUACAUAUGACUGAACAGCAGUUAUGUGGAUAUUCUCUUCUUCAUUGAGGUGACUCCCCUCUUAGAGGUGGAGGGAAGCUCACAGAGUGGCAGCACUGUGUGGAUAAACAGCUCGUAAUUUACUGGAUUUUACAUAAGAGCAAAUUUUGAAUUAGCUGUUUUCUGAACAUAAACUUUUUUGUCUCUCUUUGUGAUUGAACCAAGGUGGAAUUUAGUUUCAGAUGAGAAAAUGUGAAGCAUGAGGUGUUUUGUUGAAGCACAGUGCUGCUUCUGGUCUCUGUAUUUUCUCCAAAGCGAGAACACACUGAAAGCUUUACAGCUACGCAACCAAAAAAACACAAAAGAAGAUCUAACGGGGCAAAGGGGAAAGUGUUUUUAUAUGACUGAGACUAAAGAAAAAAGCAAAAGAUAGAGGUUAUUUUGGAUUCCCUGCUGUAAAUUGCCCUCUAACUUCUUGAGUUGUCUCUUUACUUUUUCUUGUCUCCUUGUGUUUCCACUUUUCUGUAUGUUAGUUUUAACUUAUUUCUUCAUCCGCCGUAGGAUGUAAAAGAGAGAUAGUUCAUCAUAUACCUCAUAUUCUUUGAUGAUAAACCAAAUAGAUGAAUGCUUUAAAAUGUGGGGUUCAAGUGGGCAUCAGGGUACCGGGAUGGUAUGUGUAGACAGUGUGCUUUUAUCUGCUUGGAGAAGACACAGUCAGGUCGGGAGAUGAUGGAAGUAAACAAGUGGGUUUGGGAUUUAUCUUGGAAGUAACAGGUCAUUGAAUAGAUACUAGUUUUACUCUAUUUACUAGUUAAUGCUCCUGUCUGCACACACAUACCUUAUCCCCCUGAAAAAUACCCCACUGUCUGUGUUGAGCUUUGAACACAGCCCUCUCCUCACAUGUGACCCUCACUGCUUCCUCCUUGUUAAACAUGGACCGUGGGCUUUAGGCUGCUUCUUGGCACAGAUCUAAGAUCAAAUCUGGAUCUGUUUCAAGCUUAAAAAAGCUUCUAGGUUCGUGUCUCAGAGCAGCUUCAUCACCAAAGCCGUCCUCUCGCCUUUAGGUCCUUCUUGCCUGACAAGAGGGGCUUGUUGACUAGCUGAUGUCUACGUCUGUCAGGAUGCAAAACAGGGCACGUAACCAGGGAGCGGCUAAUGCCAAGGUUGCUAGGUGACAUGUAUAGACAGUUUUACACGUGUGUUGAAAACAUGGAAGUCGGAGGGAGAGAUGUGCAUGUUAAUCAAAACAUCUGGAGAGUCCUUUGUUAUGUUUUGCUCUUUUUGUCUCUCGUGCGUUGAGGGGAAAUGGAGUCUGAGCAACACUCUGAAUGAAGAUCAGGGUUUGAAGGACCAGGUGCAAAGUGCAAGCUUCUGUGGUGGGGAUUCCCCCUUAGUGAAUGAUACCAAAGUCAAUGCCCUGCCGUGGGAUCUAGCACAAUGUGAACGUUCCCCAAAACCCUGAUUUCAUUGAGUGUUUACUCAAAAAAAACUACAUUUCUCUCUACAUAGUUACAAACAAGCUCUCAAUAGCAGCAUCCAUGAAUCGUUCAGUUCUAUUUAUGUUGUUGCUGAAACUUAAAGAAGGCUAGAGUCAGUAUGUAGUGAGCUAAGCCAAACUAACCAACAUUGUGCUUAACUACAUAUUCAAAACUGAUACAGGAAUGAUCCCAGUUUUUUCGUCAGUCACGUGAAAAUGAGGGAAUUCUGUUCCUUAAGGCGUGAAGAUGUUGGAAAUAUGAAUAUUUAGAAGAAAGAGAGACAAAGCGAGCUGCACAAAGAAAAACUUAACAAAAGUGCUGCAUCUCCCUCCACCCACUGUCAUCCACACGUACAUGUUCUUCCUCUCCUUCAUCUCUUCUUUCUCUCUUUUCUACAAUACAGCUUUAGUCCAAAGGUUCUCCAGCAACACAGCAAAGCAAGUCAGAUGUUAAAGAAUAAAACCAAAGAACUUUAACUUGAUCCUCUCUUUAACGCAAAGCCUCCACUGCAUCCCCACCUCUCUUUCUCUCUCUCUCUCUCUCUCUCUGUCUCUCUCUAUCCUCCCUACCCUGUCUACCCUCCUUUGUCACCUAGCCAGCCGGUCUUUGAAGCAUUACCUUCAGCUAUCCAAAGGGAAAUAAUAAUAAUGAUAAUUAAAAUGAUGAUGAAAUGUAUAUUUUUAAGUAUUUGUCAUUGGAAAAAUAAUCUUAAGCUUCUCAUUAAUAUGAUGAUCACAAUGAUGACAACAAUGAUGAUGAUAAUGAAGUUUCUCUUGGUAUCUUUGUAGCUGUUCAGAUCCUUCUUAAGUUUGUGUCUUUUCUGCUCGUGCUGCCAGAAUACCGCUUAACUCCCAUCAUUCCCCUCCCUCAGCUUUUGUUUUUUUUUUCCCAUUUGCUUCACCCCAGUGUUUGGCCCCUGACGUCUGCCUGUCUGACUUUUACGCUUGGAUGUUUGUCUACACCUGUGUGUUUGAGUUUGAAAGAGCGAGCUGUAUAACGUUCAUGAGGGGAAGUCAGAGAUUUUGUCUGGAAGCAGUUUUCAGUUACUGUUUAAGUGGGAGGGCUUCGGUCUGUUACACCUGUGAGCAUUUGUGCUUGUGUGUGUGUGUGACUGGGUGGGGUGUUCGUUGGAGGACAAAAGGUUCCCUUGUUCCUCUGACAACAACGCUCCCUGACACAAGACCCAUGAUGUCCACUUUAACAUAAUGUUUGACAACUUCCUAGUACGUGUAGCUUUAAUUCCCCCUGUCACCGCAGUCAGUGUUUACUUAAUUUAUGUGUGAGUGAACAGGUAUGGUUGUGUUACUGUCUCUCCUCCCUUUGUGUCUUCCAUUCUGUGAACAGUCCCUGCCCCGCCCUCCCUGCCAUCCUUCUCCUCUUUGUCUGCACCACUUUUCUUCCCACUGUGGUAACAACUUAGCCUUUUAGUGUAUUUAUCUUGAAAACCAAAAAAAGAAAAAAUAAUCUGCUUGUUCAUUGUACAGUGUUGUUCAUUUUAAGUCAUUUUUGUAACUGAAAGUGUUUCAUUCAUCCAAAUAAAACAGGAGACAAAACUGUA